AUGCCAACAGACACUUGGCAGUCUGGUGUAGCUACCAUCUGCUGCAUGGCUAUCGUCUGCAUGAUCUUUAUGUGGGAUCCAUACACGGUACACGGUUGUUAUCCCACAACGGCCAGUGAUUGCAGAGUAUAA